UCAGGUGAGUGUCCCUUCGGUGACGUCAGGUCAUCCUCGGCCGCCCCUCCGGUUCCUCCCCGCCUCGCGCUCCCGGUGCCCGCGGGGGCGCGCCCCUGACGACCUACAUAUACUCAGGUGCGCCGCACCUGUCCGCCCGCACCUGCCCGCUCACCGCUGAGCGACCUCUCUUCGCACAGCAGCUUCGGGCCGACAGCCCAGGAUACUUUGGGGACUUCCAGCACCCGGGACCGCGCCCACACGGCCCCUCCACCUUUUGUUUGGGAAGGGUCGCCGAGCGCCGGAGGGAACUGCCGGGUCUUCGCGGAUUGCUUUUGUUGGCCACCAGUCCUGUUCCCUCUGCUGUGAGACCCUCGCCCCGCCGGAGGGGUAAAUUUGUGUUUACUUCGGUGACAAGAUUUGCGUUUACUUCGGUGACAAGAUUUGCAAGCACUCGACCAAAAACUUUUUUGCCUCUUUGGGUGACAAAACUCGCCAGCCCGGCGCCUCCCGUCUUUUCUGAGGGCGGAAAUGGCCAAUUCGGGCCUGCAGCUGCUGGGCUUUUCCAUGGCUCUGCUGGGCUGGGUGGGCCUGGUGGCGUGCACCGCCAUCCCUCAGUGGCAGAUGAGCUCGUACGCCGGCGACAACAUCAUCACCGCCCAGGCCAUGUACAAGGGGCUGUGGAUGGACUGCGUCACACAGAGCACGGGCAUGAUGAGCUGCAAAAUGUACGACUCGGUGCUCGCCCUGCCCGCGGCCUUGCAGGCCACCCGAGCCCUAAUGGUGGUCUCCCUGGUGCUGGGCUUCCUAGCCACGUUCGUGGCCACGAUGGGCAUGAAGUGUACAAACUGUGGGGGGGAAGACAAAGUGAAGAAGGCCCGUACAGCCAUGGCCGGAGGCAUCGUUUUCAUCUUGGCAGGUCUUGCUGCCUUGAUAGCUUGCUCCUGGUAUGGCCACCAGAUUGUCGCAGACUUUUACAACCCGUUGGUCCCCAUGAAUGUUAAGUAUGAGUUUGGUCCUGCCAUCUUCAUUGGCUGGGCAGGGUCCGCUCUGGUCCUCCUGGGAGGUGCACUGCUCUCUUGCUCCUGUCCUGGGAGUGAAAGCAAAGUUGGGUACCGUGCACCCCGCUCCUACCCUAAGCCCAACUCUGCCAAGGAGUACGUGUAAGCUGGGAUGCCUUUACCCCAGCUUGGCAGCCUAGAGGUGCCCCCAGACAUCUGAAAGGACCUGGGGCAGAGAGCUCAACCCGUGGGCAGGGUGCCGAGCAGAAGCCUGCGGUCACUCUAGCCCAGCACACCAUGUACAGUUCCCUGGGGUGUUGGGUGGUGGGGAGACAAAAGGGGGGAGGGUGUGCCUUUUGUACAGUAAUAAACAUAUGUUUUGGAAA